UCCCGCUAUAUUAGCAUCUUCUGAGAAAGCUUCAGACCCCAUCCAUGAGCAGUUGAACCAGAGCAGGAAGAUGCAGGGAGAUUCUGUGACUACUACAGAUGAAGUUAAUGAGAGUGUAGAGACCAAGCCUGACACACAAAUAAUGUCUCCUCCCGCUAUAUUAGCAUCCUCUGAGAAAGCUUCAGACCCCAUCCAUGAGCAGUUGAACCAGAGCAGUGAGAUGCAGGGUGUUCAGGAAGGUUCUGUGACCACCCCUACAGUUCAAGUUAAUGAGAGUGUAGAGAGCAAGCUUGAUGCAUGUAUCAAGUGUGCAGACCCUGUAUCUGAACAGAGCACCAAGAUGCAGGAAAAUGCAACGACCACCCCUGCAGGUCUUGUUAAGGAACGUCUAGAGACUAAGGUCAAUGCGGAAAUAUUAUCUCCUCCAGCUAAAGGCCUAGUAGCAUAUAGCAGCAGUAGUGAUUCCGAAAGUGAAAGUGAGGAAAAUGAAAGGAAGGCAGUCGAAGAGUCAAGAGAUGUGACAAUGGAAACUCAAGUAUCUUCAGAGAAGGUUACAGACCCUGUACAUGAACAGGUGAAGCAGAGCAGUACGAGCCAGCAGAUACAGGAAGAUUCCAUGACCACUUCUACAUAUGAAGUUAGUGAAGGUCCCAUGACCACCCCUAGUGAGAGUGUAGACACCAAGCUUGAUUCAAAUAUAAAGUCUCCAUCUAUAGAAGCGUUUUCAGAGGAUGCUUCAGACCCUGUCCCUGAACAGGUUAAUCAGAUAUGCAUCGAAAUAGAGGAUAUGCAGAAAAAUUCCAUGACCACCUCUCCAGAUGAAGUAGUUGAACAUUUAGAUACCAAGCUUGAUGCAAAAAUAGAUAUCCCUCCACCUCUAGAAGCGUCCUUUGAGGAGACCCAUACGGUUGAAGUCAAUGAGAGUGCAGGGACCACGCUUGAUGCACAUAUAAAGGGUCCACACCCUGCAACUGUACAUGUGAUGCAGAGCACUGAGAUGCGGGAAGAUUCUGCGCCCACACCUGCAGAUCAAGUUAGUGAGGGUUUAGACACCAAGCUUGAUAUCGAAGUAAAAUCUCCUCCGCCGGUGGAAGUAGCCUCAGAAGAGACUUUGGACAAUGUCUCAGAACAGGUGAAGCAGAGCGCUGAGAGACAGGAGGUCCAGGAAGAUACCAUGACCAUCCCUACAGAUAAACCUCGGGAAAGUUUAGAGACAAUGUCGGGUGCUAAGAUAAAGUCUCCACCCCUAGAAGCACUUUUCAGUGCUCUGAAGGAGUCCAGUCUUUGCAAACACCCCCUGUCUGACACAAUGCGCUCAAAUGUCAAAGAGUUUCUGGAAGUAGAGGAUUCUUUAGAAAUCAUGAAUAAAAACUGUGACUUUGGUGUGACGGAGAGCAUUGAGUGUACCUUAGACCUGGAGACCCCGAUUAUUGUUGAGGAUAUGGAGAUCGGUCACUGUGUUGUGGAGGUGGUGGGAGAGAAUGGGGAAGAUGUGGAUAUGGAUAGUGAUCUGGAAAUCAUAGACAACUCUAAGGAGGUGCCAGAGAAGACAGUUCAGCUAACCAAAGGGUCUGAAGAUGAGUGCCGUCUAGAUAACAGUGAAGCUGGUACUCAAAAGAAAGGCACACGCUCCUCUAACCAAGACAGCACAAAUAGUGGCAAGAAGGACGUUGCCAAAAAGACACAGUGUAGCCCGGAAAAACCUAAGAAACAGCAGAUGAACCCUCAGGCCCGGACUAAAGCCAGACUAGCGGCGCUAGCUGAGCAAAAGGCCGCCGCCUCCAAAAAAGCGAGCAGGCAGCUCAACCUCCUUGCCUUAUGUGAGGAAAUAGCGGACGAUAUCGCCACGGACACCAUGCUAUUUAAGACGGAGGAAAAGGAUGAGCAGGUUGUAACGGUUGAGGCUGAACCCAGCAAGGAGCCAGAAUGCCCACAGCCUUUCACACAGACUGAGACUGUCCCUAUCCCUCCAACUCCUGCCGGGCCCAAGGAGCCCUCUACCCCAGUAGCACCCGUUGCUGCAGUUUCUGCUCCAGCGAAGCCCCCAGCUCCAGAGACACCACAGAGGCGCUUCUUCAUCAGCCAAGUGACGGUACCCCUCAAAAUCCACGAGAAGAAGAAGCUUACCAGGUUCCAGAGGCUGCGGCAGGUGGAGCUGCAGCGGGAGAAGAAUAUGUCCUGGACCAUGGUGAAGAAGCUCAAGUCCGAUCAGGCCAAUCAGAAGAUGUUUCCGGAGACAGAGGCUAAACCUGCCCCCCCAUUACUGUCCACUCCAGCAGUAGCAGCACCCAUCCCAGUGACCACAACACCCUCACCCCCCUCAGUCAGUCCAGCAGCACCCACAGUAGCUGCACCCUGUCCUACCCCAGCCGCAGCCAGCCCAGCAGUAACCCCUAAGCUUGAGCCCCCCAAAGUUGAGCCCCCCAAAGUGACCCCAAGUAAGGGACCCACCCUUAGAAAGAGGACACUUCCAGCAGUACCCCCGCCGAUGCCUAACGGGCUGAAAGCUCAGAAGGCCAAGCCUGUGGCGGAGUAUAAGCCUUACAAAGCCAGGCCCAAGUACUCUUUUGAUGACUUUCAACUGGAUGACGAGCCGAAACCCACAGUGCAGAAGGCAGUAUUACCGACCGUGCAGAGGACAGCAUUGAGACCUACAUCUACCACCAUUCCGAGGGCAGCAGUGACACUUACGACAGCGGCCAAACAUGAGGACUCAAAACCUACCGGUCAGAAGACAGCAGCGCCUACCAUGCAGAAGCCAGGGGUACCUACCGGCCAGAAGACGGCAGUACCUACCAUGCCGAAGCCAGGAGUACCUACCGGCCAGAAGACGGCGGUACCUACCGGCCAGAAGACGGCGGUACCUACCGGCCAGAAGACGGCGGUACCGACCGGCCAGAAGACGGCGGUACCUACCGGCCAGAAGACGGCGGUACCUACCGGCCAGAAGACGGCGGUACCUACCGGCCAGAAGACGGCGGUACCUACCGGCCAGAAGACGGCGGUACCUACCGGCCAGAAGACGGCGGUACCUACCGGCCAGAAGGCGGCGGUACCUACCGGGCAGAAGGCGGCGGUACCUACCGGCCAGAAGGCGGCGGUACCUACCGGGCAGAAGGCGGCGGUACCUACCGGGCAGAAGGCGGCGGUACCUACCGCGCAGAAGGCGGCGGUACCUACCGCGCAGAAGGCGGCGGUACCUACCGCGCAGAAGGCGGCGGUACCUACCGCGCAGAAGGCGGCGGUACCUACCGCGCAGAAGGCGGCGGUACCUACCGCGCAGAAGCCGGCGGUACCUACCGCGCAGAAGCCGGCGGUACCUACCAGCCAGAAGCCGGCGGUACCUACCGCGCAGAAGACGGCGGUACCUACCGCGCAGAAGACGGCGGUACCUACCAGCCAGAAGCCGGCGGCACCCACCGCGCAGAAGCCGGCGGUACCCACCGCGCAGAAACCGUCAGUACCCACCGCGCAAAAAAUAGUUGUGCCUACCACUCAGAAGACCGCACCAACUGUGCAGAAGGCAGUUGUGACAAAUCCAACAGUGCAGAAGGCAGUAGAGACACCGACCCCUAUGCCCGGAAAUGGCAAACAUGAGGACUCCAAACUCACUGUACAGAAGGCAGAAGUGCUUAAACCCACUGUACAAAAGGAAACCUUGGUACCUACACUUACCCCUCAAACUGAGCAGAAAGCGGAAGCAUCACCUACGCCCAAAACUGCCAAAGAUAAGGAUUCCAUAGCACCAGUGUCUUCCCCUCCCUUUGAAGAGACCCCACGAGAUUCUGUUGACAAGGAUCAGUGUGAAGAAAAGCCUGCUGUUGCUGAGAUUAAACCGGCAUCCCCAGAGGUCAAGACAGAGGGCACAACAACAACAGAGUCCUCUGACUCUGUGAUCGUGCAAUCAGCAGAUAAUAGCAGUCCCCUCUCUGACGCAUGUCUGCAGAUAGAGAUAAAAAAACUAAAGGAGGCCGACAAAGAUGAAAAUCAAACCACCACUGAUGCAGGGCAGAAGCACUUUGGAGCGGUGACCUGCGGUGUGUGUGGGAUGCUGUAUUCCGCUGCCAACCCGGAGGAUGAGUCCCAGCACCUGCACUUCCACAACCAGUUCAUCAGUGCUGUCAGAUAUGUGGGGUGGAAGAAGGAGAGGAUUCUGGGAGAGUACCCCGAUGGCAAGAUCAUCCUUGUCCUUCCAGAUGACCCCAAAUAUGCACUGAAGAAGGUUGAGGAGAUCAGAGAGAUGGUGGACAAUGACCUGGGCUUCCAGCAGGUGGAGACCAAGUGUCCCUCCCAGACCAAAACCUUCCUGUUCAUCUCCAAUGACAAGAAGGUGGCUGGGUGCCUGAUCGCUGAGCACAUUCAAGAGGGCUACAGGGUGAUCGAGGAGGCGGUACCCGAGGGCUCGGAGGGAGAGAAGGUGAUGUUUGAGCGUCAGAGAGCCUGGUGUUGUUCCACUGACCCAGAGCCAGCCCUCUGUGGCAUCAGCCGCAUCUGGGUCUUCAGCAUGAUGAGACGGACAGGCAUCGCCUCGCGCAUGAUCGAGUGUCUCAGGAACAACUUCAUUUACGGCUCCUACCUGAGCAAGGAGGAGAUUGCCUUCUCCGACCCAACGCCCGACGGGAAGCUUUUCGCUACACACUACUGCGGCACCUCGCAGUUCCUGGUUUAUAACUUUGUCAGUGGGACUCGUUCAGACCAACCAAGUCUUAGCGUGGUGUAAGUAAUCACAUCAAAGUGGAUUUAUAGCUGAGGCCCAGUGAGACUUGCCCUCACCAACUAACCAACCAAUCUCUGGAUCUUGUCGUGGGGACAGCCUGUCACAAGCACAUUGUGGUUCUUUUAGACUGAAGAGUUAAGACUCAGACUGACUCUUCUGAGGGGGACAUCUUGGUUUUUAAUCUCAGGUUGAAAACAACAACUUGUUGUUUGAAAAAUAUUUAAAUUCUCCCUUUAAUCCCUGCAUAGUAUUUUGAGACAAAUAAUAUUUUUCUUUAUGUUUUUUAAAUAAGAAACAAGCGUUUUAUUGGAAGUAUUAAAGCGUUUACAUGCAUGAAACUUGACAGCAAUAGAAUACAAAGAGCAUUUCACAAUUCAUAAUUUCCAAAAAUCGGAGAGAUGCACUACAUUUUACUCAAACGGUUCUAAAACAAUGCUGUGGUCCUGUUCUAAUAAUGCAUUUUAAUUAAUUUUAGCCUCUUAAAUCAGGUUAAAAGUUGCUGUACUAAUGUCAAGACUUAUUCCUCUUGUGAAGGGGAUGUUCUUGCACACAUCAUGUUCAUCAUCUCUUGACAUUUCAUGCAGUGAUAUUAUGACCACAGAGGUUCCAUGUGAUGGGGUACAUUGCUAAACUCAGCAAGAAAAGAAACAUCCACUCACUGUCAACAAUGUUUAUUUUCAGCAAACUUGACAUGUGUAAAUGUUUGUAUGAACAUAACAAGAUUUAACAACUGAGACAUAAACUGAACAUGUUCCAUAGACAUGUGACUAACAGAAAUGGAAUAAUGUUUCCCUGAACAAAAGGGGGGGAGGGGUCAAAAUCAAAAGUGUGGCCACCAGCUGCAUUAAGUACUGCAGUGCAUCUCCUCAUGGACUGCACCAGAUUUGCCAGUUCUUGCUGUGAGAUGUUACCCCACUGUUCCACCAAGGCACCUGCAAGUUCCCGGAAAUGUCUGGGGGGAAUGGCCCUAGCCCUCACCUUAUGAUCCAACAGGUCCCAGACAUGCUCAAUGGGAUUGAGAUCCGGGCUCUUCGCUGGCCAUGGCAGAACACUGACAUUCCUGUCUUGCAGGAAAUCACGCACAGAACGAGCAGUAUGGCUGGUGGCAUUGUCAUGCUGGAGGAUCAUGUCAGGAUGAGCCUGCAGGAAGGGUACCACAUGAGGGAGGAGGAUGUCUUCCCUGUAACGCACAGCGUUGAGAUUGCCUGCAAUGACAACAAGCUCAGUCCGAUGAUGCUGUGACACACCGCCCCAGACCAUGAUAAAUCGAUCCCGCUCCAGAGUACAGGCCUCGGUGUAACGCUCAUUCCUUCAAUGAUAAACACGAAUCCGACCAUCACCCCUGGUGAGACAAAACCGCGACUCGUCAGUGAAGUGCACUUUUUGCCAGUCCUGACUGGUCCAGUGACGGUGGGUUUGUGCCCAUAGGCGACGUUGUUGCCUGUGAUGUCUGGUGAGGACCUGCCUUACAACAGGCCUUCAAGCCAUCAGUCCAGCCUCUGUCAGCCUAUUGCGGACAGUCUGAGCACUGAUGGAGGGAAUGUGCGUUCCUGGUGUGUUCCUGGUGUAACUCGUGCAGUUGUUUUUGCCAUCCUGUACCUGUCCCGCAGGUGUGAUGUUCGGAUGUACCAAUCCUGUGCAGGUGCUGUUACACGUGGUUUGCCACUGCAAGGACGAUCAGCUGUCCGUCCUGUUUCUCUGUAGCGUUGUCUUAAGCAGACACGGACAUUGCAAAGUAUUGCCCUGGCCACAUCUGCAGUCCUCAUGUCUCCUUGCAGCAUGCCUAAGGCACGUUCAUGCAGAUGAGCAGGGACCCUGGGCAUCUUUCUUUUUGGUGUUUUUCAGAGUCAGUAGAAAGAACACUAAAGAGGCCUAAGUUUUCAUAACUGUGACCUUAAUUGCCUGCUGUCUGUAAGUUGUUAGUGUCCCGUUCCACAGGUGCAUGUUCAUUAAUUGUUUAUGGUUCAUUGAACAAGCACGGGCAAACAGUGUUUAAACCUUUUACAAUGAAUAUCUGUGAAGAUAUUUCGAUUUUUACGAAUGAUCUUUGAAAGACGGGGUCCUGAAAAAGGGCAGUUUCUUUUUUUGCUGAGUUUACAAGAGUUCGCUCUCACACAAUUUCUCAUAAUGUGUUUGUUUGAUUCUGGGGAGUUCUUACUGACUAUUUUCUUCACAUGAAAUUGUCGUUCUCACUCUUGCUGCCAUGUGUCCUAAAAGGGAGAUUCCUUUUUUUUGGAUAGUUAUCCCUCGGCGGUAGCAUGGACGGACUAGCAGGCAGGGAAACAGAGCUAAUAACGUUGGUUGGAUUUCUAGAUGGGGCAUUUUGCUGUAGUUUUCCUAUUCAAGGCUCUUUACCGAAGUUGCCUCAAAUAUAUCUAACUGUACAAAUGUUAAAUUUGAGCCAUGAUAUAAGUGAAUUGGCAAGGCAGUGAGCAGUUGCUUGUGUCCUCCGCUGUGUAUGAUUGUGCCUGACUGAUAGACCGACUUGUGAUACUGUAGACUUCCUCAAAAGUUCUCGUUUAAGCUGCCCUCAACGGAGCAUCCCCCCUGAAUUCACAUUUUGUUUGCGAUAUAUUAUUUCUUCUAUCGGUAGAAAGUUUUAUCAAUGAGGUCAUGCAUUGUCCUAAAUGCGAAUAAUAACUACGAAUUCAAAGUAAACCAUGUGACAUGAAUUAUAUCAGCAAUGCCAUUGAAAGGGUUUAAAAGCUUAAAAAAGUUUAAAAGCUUUGUGUUAUUUGGUUUUUGAGGGAGUUGAAAACAUCCAUGUCAAAUAUUAUUAUAAUUUUUUUUUUUUACUACAGGAAACCAAGGAACUGUUGCUCAGCCAACACAAAGGGUUGUGAUUUAUACAUUUUCAUGUAUCAAUGUGAUGCAUUUAAUCAUCACAUUGCCCUUCAUGUUAAAACAUUUUUCUUUUGAAAAACUAAAUGUAUGAAAACUAAAUGGAUUUAUACAGAGCUGUCAUGUAAAUAGUUAUUUAAAAAUAAAAAAUUUGAAAAACUA